AGCUGGUGUUUACAUCCGGGAAGCAACAGUUGCUGGGUGGCGGUAAAUGACACCAAAAGCUGCCAAUAAAUAACACGAAAAGGAUACACACUCCGGUACAGUAGGAGGCAGUAAGCACGUGCACGUUGGUUGCGACCAGCCAUAAACAAAACGAAGAAGAAGCACCCUCGCGCUAAUGGCGGAACUAGACAUUGGAAAGCACUGUCAACUGGCGUCUUGUCGCCAAAAAGACUUUCUACCAUUUGUUUGUGAUUCCUGCAGUGGCGUUUACUGCCUUGAACACAGAAGCAGAGAAGCCCACUCCUGUUCAGAGGAGGGUGAAAAAAGAGAAGGUUCUACUUGCGGCGUCAGCACAAGUCAUCCCUGCUCUUUGGAGGAGUGCAAAGUCAAAGAAGUGCUGCCCGUCAUCUGCCCACAGUGUGAAAAACACUUCUGUUUGGCCCACCGCCAUCAAGAUGAUCACAAGUGUGACAAGUUGGAGAUCCAGAAGCCACGGAUGGCAGCCACCAAAGAGCUGGUGCAAAGGAUUGUGGAAUCAAAGGACGGAUCCAAAAGCAAAGGACGGAAAGGAGCAAAGAACAGCGCCACGGCAGCAAAGGUCGCGUUAAUGAAACUGAAACUACACGCAGUCGGAGACAAGGGCUUGCCACAGACAGAAAGAAUCUAUUUUCAAGUGUAUCUACCUAAAGAGUCACAUGUCAGCACUCAGCCCAUGUUCUUCUGCUCCAAAUGGAGCGUCGGGAAGGUGGUGGAUUUUGCAGCCUCGCUGGCGUCCCUCAAAAACAACAACAAUGUCCUCACAGCUAAGAAGCUGCGUCUCUGCCAUCCCGCCACAGGUAAGGCUCUGCGACAGGACGACAGCCUGCACUCGCUGCUGACCAGCCCAGAAGACCCCCUGCACAAUGGGGGUAAUGUGAUCCUGGAGUACCUGGACAAUGAUAGCUCAGGCGUGGAGGAUGUUUGGCACUAUAUUCAUUCACUUGGCUGAACAAAUCACACAUGCAAUAAAAUCGAAAUGGAAUGCAUUUGGU